AUGUUUAAAAGUUUAGGUUGUAAUAUAUUUGUAGCUCAUGAUCCACAACUUCAUAAAUACUGGGUUUUAAGGAUAAGCGGGAAAAAUGCAGUUGUUCCGCCGGAAUUAGAAAAAGACAAGGAGCUUGAGGCCAAGGAAGAAGAAGAGAAAGAAAAACAACUUCAAAAAGAACCAACAACGGAUGAAAAGCUUUCAGCGCUGGAGAAAAAGUUGAUGAAAUUGCCGAGAGCAAGCACAGAAAUAGGAAAGCUGAAGAAAGAAAUUGAAAAUUUAAAGGUUCUGAAGAAUCAGGAGAAGAUAUCGGAAUUAAAAGAAAAUUUGUCAAUUUUACCCAGAUAUAGUGAAGAAUCUGCCCGCUUAAAACUGUUACUAGAAGAACUUGAGAUGAAAGAGAAGAAACGAAAAGAGGAGGAAGAGGCAAGGAGGAAAAAGGAAGAGGAGUUACUAGCGUCCAAGAAGAAAGUCAAACUGGAAAAAGAAAAGAAGGAGAGUAUAACAAAAAGUGUUAUCCAAGAAAAAUUAGAGAAGGUUAAAGCUAAGAAGGAAAUGAUGGAACAGGCUGAGAUUGAGAAAGUUCAGUCAGUGUUGGGAGGACGACAUCAGAAUUGUGCGGGGCAUGGUGCGCAAGCCCAUGGAAAGGAAUCUGUAACCUCUCUCAUCUCAAGAAAAUCCUCUGCAAAUCCCAGUAAGGGUGUAAAGGAAUUAGAUGAACAGUGGGGUAGAAAAAUUAGCAACAUGAAAUUGCCAAAGAACAUAGCAAAACAUAGAUGCGAAGACAAGGGAAUUAAGAAAAAGUCCUGGGCUGUCCAGUUUAAAGAGUUCAGGGCAUUUGGAGAAUGUGUUCUAGAUUAUUUAAGAUCCCAGGGGAUGAAUGCCCACUUUAUUCUACGAGUAGCAACUGAUAGGGACUGGGCCGCUGAUGUUAGAACUCAGCAAUACUGGCUCGACGAAACAAACAGGGUAGGGAAGUGUAACCAUUAUAUGUAUAGAGGAGAGGCAAUAUUUUUUGCAAAAUUUGAUGAGGGAAAUUGGAAGUUUGGAAUUAAGGACUUAAAUCUAGCCAGAGGACUAGGGCAAGGGGGUAAAUAUCCUUUAGAGGGAAAAGAUUUUUUCCACGCUAGUAAUUGUGAUACUCAUCAUAUUUAUCAUCAGGCAAUGAUGAAAGGUUCCAAGGCUGUAGAAAGACAUGGAACGCAUAGCCAUGGAACUGCUGAGAUAUCCGGAAUUCAUAAUUAAAUAGACAGAAGUAAAAAUUUAUGAAAUAAAUGUUUUAUUAAAAUUUUCUGUUUUGACAUUAAUUGAUAAACACAGCUCUAUCACAAUACUUAAGUUUUUUUUACUCUGUUACUCUGGAUUAGCUGGUUUCCAGGGAACAAAAACUUCACAAAAAAUUGCGAAAAUAUUUGUUCCUAUUUUAAAACUUUUUUGCGCAAUAUAGUAUUUUUCCGCGAAAAUUAAUUAAAUGAAAAAAUGC